AUGAAGCAAUCUGGGUCACCUCCAAAACCCACGAAGCUUUACAGGGGUGUAAGGCAACGUCACUGGGGAAAAUGGGUCGCCGAGAUACGAUUGCCCAAGAACCGCACCCGGCUUUGGUUAGGUACCUUUGAUUCAGCAGAGGAAGCCGCGCUGGCCUACGAUAACGCCGCAUACAAGCUGCGUGGUGAAAACGCGCGGCUCAAUUUUCCUCAUCUCCGUCACAACUGGUCUCAUACCGAGGGGAAGAGCAUCGAUGGUUGUAAGAAGUCACGACAGUCUUCGGGAAAGUCGAAGAAGGCGGCAGAGCAGGCGGAAGUGGUGAAGGUUGCAGGUUCCGAGAGUGACGGAGAAGGAGCGUCCGGUUGCGGGGAUUCUUCGCCGUCGUCGGGACUUACCUUUGCUGAUUUCUCAGUGGAAGAAAGCGCGUGGUGUGAUUCUGAAAAUUUCUUGCUGGAAAAGUUCCCGUCGUACGAGAUCGAUUGGGAUUCUAUUUGA